AUGGAGGGCACAGAUGCACUUACCAAUGAUUCAUCACUAUUACCGGAAUCAGCUUGUAAAUUGCACUGUGAUGAAGCCGUCGAGAAGCGAUUAAUGUCUCAGAUCGAUACGCAUUCGGAAUGUGGUUCGGAAGCUGACUCGAAGGGGAAGGACGCAUUUAACCAGAAUUCGAAGAAAGUCCUGGUGAUGAUAACCAUCACGUUUCUGUUCUUCUUCGUUGAAUUGGUCGUCGGUUUUAUGAAUCGUUCAAUCGCUUUACUAGCCGAUUCGUAUCAUAUGCUCUCUGACGUCAUGGCUUUGGUGAUUGCAUUCGUCUGCCUGAGG